CUAAAAGAUCAAAUGGCAUCAAGAAUGUUCAACGCGGGAGUGAACGAGGGACAAUCAACCAGGAGGCCACCAUUGUUCGAUGGAACCAACUACUCGUAUUGGAAGGAGAGGAUGAGAAUCUUUAUCCAAUCCAACGACUACAAGCUGUGGUUGAUUGUGAAGAACGGCUGCGGAGUCCGAUGAAGAAAGUCGGUGAAGUCAACGUUCCCAAAACCGAAGAGGAGUUCACCGACGAAGACUGCAAAAAGAUGGAGCUCAACGCAAAGGCAAUAAACAUGAUUUAUUGCGGUGUUAACGCAGAUGAUUACCGCAAAAUCUCGCGAUGUGAAACCGCAAAACAAAUGUGGGAAAAAUUGGAGGUCACCUACGAAGGAACCACGCAGGUUCGGGAGGCCAAAAUCGACCAUCUCACUCACGAGUAUGAACUCUUUUCAAUGAAGGAAAAUGAGAAGAUUGAGGAAAUGUUUGAGAGAUUCUCUAACAUCAUCAAUCCUCUCAAUCUUCUCGGGAAGACAUACACCGACCAAGAGCUCGUGAGAAAGGUGCUGCGAAGCCUAUCCCCCAAAUGGCAUUCAAAGGUGGACGCAAUCGAAGAAGGUCGUGACUUCCAAACAACGACCUAUGAUGCUCUUCAAGGUAAUCUUAUUACCUACGAAACUACCCAACUCUCAAAGGUGGUUGAAGAGAGGAACAAGAGGUCUAUUGCUCUACCCGCAACAACAUCAACCCACAACAACGUUGAUGAUGAAGAUGAUGACAGCGACGACACUGACCUCGGACUCUUUAAGGACAAGAGGGCACCGAAGAAGCAACGUGCCUACAUCUCUUGGGAGAACGACGGCUCCGGGAGUGAAGACUCAGAAAUGGAGGAAGUGGCCAACUUAUGUAUCAUGGCCAUUGAAGAUGGUGAUACAUCAAAAGAGGUAAGUGAUCAAGAACCUUCUCCCAAUGAUCCUUUAACUCUUAAUGAUGUUGUUUGCAUUGUAGAAGAUUUGGAAGAAUCAUUGGAAGUGGCACCGUCGGAAAGGACAAUUCUACAACCGUUGAGAACGUUCUUCUUGUUGAGGGCCUCAAGCACAAACUUCUUAGCAUUAGCCAAUUGUGCGAUAGAGCUAAGUGUCUCAUUACCAAAGAGGAAGAAACGUGGCUAUGGCAUCGUCGGAUAGCUCACGUUAAUAUGGACCAUCUUAAUAAGUUGGUUUCUAAAGACUUAGUAAUUGGUGUUCCUAAACUUAAGUUUGAGAAGAAUCUAAUUUGUGAUGCAUGUCAAAAGGGGAAGCAAGUAAGGGCCUCGUUUAAGUCAAAGAACGUUGUUUCUACGACUAGGCCAUUACAACUUUUGCACAUGGACCUUUUUGGACCUUCAAGAACUAUGAGUUUAGGAGGUAAUUACUUUGGCUUUGUUAUCGUUGAUGACUAUUCGA